AUGAAUGAUUCACCUACCAGUCUAAGGUCUCCACCUUCAUCGAGCACGACAUCACCGACUAAGUUCCCGUUCAAAUUGAAUUCCAAUAAAAUACUAUCCCCAGAUUUUAAGUUUAACUUACAGCAUCAUCCGUCCAAAUUGGACUUGAUUGAUGAUACGACAUUGACGUCCUUGCCAUUACCACCCCCACCACCGUGUAAAUUACAGAAGAGAUUAAGUAAUGCUAGCAGAACCAAUAGUACUACUUCGAUUCCUCAAAAUAAAAUUUUUGGCGGGGAUGAAGGUGGUGAAACAGAAAGUAAUUAUACUACUGAAAAUUCGAUUCAAAAUUCAUCUUCAGAAGAAGACUUAAAUACCAUAUUGGAUCAACCCAUUGAUGAAGAUACUUUUGAAGACAGUGAGGACCCGAUUGUUUUAAUUGAAGAUUAUAUGAAUAAAAACACUAAUGAUAAACCAUUAUUCGAUGGAUUAUUACCAAAUCAGUCAAGCUUACCUAAUUUAACGAAUGGAUUCGAUCGUAAGAAAUCAUUAGCUAAUUUCAAACAAAGAAUUUAUAAUAAGAACUUUAACUUCAGUGAUUCAAUAAGUAUAAAUUCAAAAUUUUCAAAUUCAAAAUUUUCCUCAUUUGAUUCAAAUUUAAAUCGUCCAAAUAAUAAAAGAACCAUUAGUAAUGUGACUAAUGAUGUUACUCAACAACCUUCCAAUUUAGAAAAUUGGGAAGCUAUAUUUGGUAAAAUCCCCGGCACUGAUCAAUUAAAAUAUUGUGACUUAUGUGAAAAACCAUUAUACGAAAUUAGUUCAAUUAUAAAUAAUGGAUUAGAUCACGAUUCGGAUGAAAAAUUAAGAACAAACAGUAUUCAAACCGAUGAAACAUUAUCUCAUUUGAAUGAUUUAUAUUCGGAAUUCAUUUGUUGGGAAUGUAUCGAGGUUUAUGAAGAAUUCUUAAAUGAACUAUAUCAAAAUGAGUUAUCUUUUGAUUCAGUUCCCUCCAAUGAAAAUAUCCAAUUUCAAAAAAUUAAUGCAAUUUCUUCAAAAUCUACUAAUUCAAAUUUAAAUUCCCUACUGUCCCUUUUCAAAUCAAUUCAAUCAAAAUAUGAAAAUAACCAUCAUUCAAAUUUGUCUCUAAAGAAAAAACUGUCUUUUUCUGAUGAUCUAAUGAAUAAAUUAUAUAAUUUGAAUAAUUCAGCUAAAAAAGCCGUGGUUGAUAACCAAUUGAAUCAAUUCAAUAAAAAAAGAAGAAUCGUCGAUUCAGAUUGGGUCAAGUCUCUUCAAUAUAAACUAAGAUGGAGAUGGAGGUUCAACGGCUUGAUCCCAAAUACUUUCAACUCAAAUGAUAACUCAGUGACAUCUUGA